UUAUGUUGCAGCCUCUAGCCAGAUCUGUGCAUGAAAAUAAACUUGGAACCAGUUCUGGAGUCGUCUCGAAAUCAGUCAGUCGUCAGUUGCAGAUUACAUUACUGGGAAACAGUACGAAAAAUACAAAGAUAUUGUAACUAUAAUAUAAAUCUUGAUUUUAUGAAUACUUUGAAAUACUCUUAUUUUUCAACCCUCAAAAAUUACUUAACCUUAAGUAUGUAAAUGUUAACCAGUUGAUGGUAAAUCCUUUUCAUAAAUUACGAUACAUAUGUAUCGUGAAAGGUAUGAUGUGAAUGUAUGGACACGAUCGACCGGAGUAAUAGUGCACGCAGUAACUACUAAAUAUAUUUCGCUAAUAUUUUUAGUAAUGUUUAGUAGCUAGAUAAAAAUCAAAUCCAGAUGAAUCAUAAAAUAAUGAUAUUUUAUCGAUAAAUCAACUAAAACCAAUACCAAAAUAUCGAUACUUCUACAGUUUCAAUAGUCACAUCCCUAGUUCUAUCCGCCAUUGCGAAUGACCAAGUGAAGUUUAGGUAGGCACGUUUUUUUCGUAGUUGCUUCACAUCCAUAGUCUUAUCAUAUCAGUGGUGUUUACACAUUGGUGAUCACUGGACGCGUUCGCUCUGUGUGGAAAUAUAUAGAGCUGAUAGUACACACUCUUUUUGGUGAAUUUAAUUUCAUUAAUCAAAUUUAAGUAGUUUAUUUUGUGAAAUACUAGCAUUUCUGACUGAUAUAUUAUUCUGGAAUGAUCACUGAUCAGUGCUGCAAACAGAUCACAACUAUUGAAGAAUUGAGAAAACAAACGUUGAAGCAAACAAAUGAAAAAUUGAUCAUACGAACAGACGACGGAGGGGUAAGACAUCGACGGACGGGGCGAGGGGCUGCGUCGGCGUCACACGUCCUUCAGUACCACCGGUGAAAUAGUUAAAUGUUUUAUUCAUAUAAAUCUUGUACGUAUAACUAGUACGAUUAUAUAUUAUCUACUAAUACGGGGAACACUCUCUGUUCCCUCUCUCAGCCAGACAUGAGGAGAGAGGGAUCAGGGUCGACUUGACAUGGUUCCCGAGGUACGGGGGUGAACCACUAUAGAACUUCCAAACUCAGUUACAGCUUGCAGUUCUGCUCAUAAAUUAGUAGACCAACUUGAGGCAACUGACAGAAGACAACAUUGAUGUUAUUGUUCGCGUCAACUUGUUCCACAUUCAGACCCCGUUACUAUGGACGUAAAACAAUAUAAAAAGCGUUCAGGAACAUCGGGCAUACAAGGACAACUGUAUGAAACGAAACUCACCAGUCUCAUUAACUUCAGAGCUUUGCACAACGACACGAUAGAAAGCUUCCAUCUGGCCACGAACAUCGAUGAAAUCGGCACGUUUGAUGAUAUUUGUCUAAGAAUCAAAGUAUCUGAGUUCGAUAAACCUUUGGCUAUAUUCAUCCAAGCCAAACAUCGAGAAAAUGAUAAACUAUUCACGUUCAGCAACAAGAAAGAGUUAGCUCAAUAUUUUGAUAGUUAUUUGAGAAUCAGGCGAUUGUUCAGUCCUAAAAAUAAGACCCCGAUUUUCUGUGGAAAAUUCGAAGAUGUUGAAUGCAUUUUUGCAAUGUACACUACAGCCGCUACAGCUGAAGAUGACAAUAGUACUGAGUUAUAUGAGGGAGAAUUUGCUGAUUAUAUAAAUGAACUUGUAAGAACAGGAAAAGCUUGCCGACAACUUGUUAAUAAAGAAGACCAUUCAGACUUUCUAGGCAAGAUUGUAAUGAAAGAAGAAAUUGUUUGUUUAGCUAUAAAUAUAGCUACGUUUAUAACUGAACGAACUGACACAGAACUAUCGAUGAACAAUGAUUUGAUGUUGCGCUAUCAUGUGCUCCUAGCUCUUGAAGUCUUUGAAGUGUCUGAGAUUCAAGUUGAAGGCCAUCGAUUUGUGCAUUUCAGAGAAGACUUUUUUGAUUCUGAAAACAAAUUUGUUGUACUAUUUAAAAACAUACUAUGCUUAGAAGUUCUGAAGAAAAAUAAAUCACAAAUCAGUGAUGAAAUUAUGAUUAGUUUGGAUUCUGUUCUAUCAGAGUUUCUUGUCGAACCCAAGGAAGAACUAUUGUCAAAAUUAAUAGGUAAAGUUAUAACUUACAAGAAUGAUAGAUUGGAAUUUGUCAAUAACUCUACAAACGAAGAUCUAAAACGGAAACUUGACAAAUUGAAUGUACCACAAACUGUUGUCUAUAAGGCAGCUGUGAGUGGAGCUAAAGAAUACUUACAACGUCUCAAAUUGAAGGUUCCAGCUUUUUUUGGUAACAAAGACUUAGCCAUAAGAGGGAAUGAUGCAAAAAUAGACCAAAGAUUAACACAUUUAACUACAACAUUUGUAAAACUAUUGGAAAAUGUGACGACAGACAAUAUAAUAACAAUCGAUGAAAGUCUUGGUGAUGGCUUUCUAAAGCUGAAUGGAGGAUUGUCCUCAGCCGUUGGUAAUAUAUUAGUAUUGGACUAUCGCACAAAUCUCCUAAGAUUCACAGAUGAUUUCGAAUCACUGGGCAGUAUAGCCAAGAGAUGGUACGAAAAGCUGAAAAUUAAAAUCGGCAAUUUAAAUGAAUACAAAUUGGACGUCAAAGUCAAAAAGUUUCCAAAACUUUCAUUCGAAACAGGAGCAUACGACGAUAGUUUGGUCAGAGAUUUUUACAACAGAUUGCUAUUUUUUACAAACCAAUCAGAUCAGGGUGAAGUAGAAGAUAUACUCAAGAGAGAAAUAGAAGAUCAUCCGUGUUAUGAUGUCCACAGGUUCAGAGUGAGAUCUGACGUAAUAUAUCUGAGGUAUCACGACGAAAUACAAAAACUAUGGAUGACUCCAAAAGUGGGAACAUAUUUGACGAAAAAGAGCAAACUGUACACAAAUGCUGUUACAAACGCUAUGAAUGAACCUUUAAUUGGAGUUUUAAACACGAUGCAUAGAAUUAAAAACAAAGAUUAUGUAUUUAAAGAAGAAUCUCUCAAGAUAUUCACAGAACGUAAUGUUACUGGAGCUGUUAUAGCAUCAGGGAGCCCAGUACUGACAUCAGUCAAAUUGGAACAGUAUUUAGGCAAAAGGGAUCACGCUGUAUUGGAUUUAAAAUAUAUUUUCAAACUCCCUUAUAAGAACCUUACAAUAUUUUAUGAAGAACUGACGAAUUGUAAGGACAAAGUACUAAUAAUUCUAUCGAAUCACAUGCAAAGCUUUGGAAAUUGUAACAAGAAGUUAGAGAGCAUCGCAAAGGCUGUAAAUGGUAAACCGACUGUUAUAGUCGUGGAUAAACAUUCAGUGAAAACAAUAAAACAAUAUUUCUCACAAGUCCAUUAUGUAGUAAAUGACGAUCCAAUAUCUCUCAUAGAUCUGACUGACGAAUCUCAAAAAAUGGUCCUAGGAGUUGCUAAAGCAAAGUUCCAAGGCUUAGAUGUAGGUUUAGAUAUAAUUAUAGAUGAAGAAUCUGCAAAGUUAAUAGAUGAAACUAUGCUGAACAAUAUUGUUGACGGUAAGUCAAUAAAAAUAGGAAAUGAAUACAUAGAUGAUAACUAUGAAAAGAACAAAAAGUUGUAUAUAGACAGGAGAGUGACGCCAAAAGCAGGGUCCGAUAAUGCAAACCGUAUACGACCACAAACUCUAUAUGACUUAGACGACGACGUUGUACUACUGACAGCUGUACCAGGAAUGGGCAAGUCUACUUUGAUGACUCAUUUGUCGUUGAAAACAAAGAAAAUAAACCCUAAACUGUGGAUAUUAAGGAUCAAUUUGUUGGAGCACGCGAAGAUGUUGAGUGAUUGGAAAGAUGGCCAAACUGAUAUAAAUAUGCUAGAGAGUUUAAGAUUCAUAUGUAAAGUAGCCAUUUGUAAGAAGCACAGAGAUUUUAAUGAAGAUGAUGAAUUUAAAAUUGAACUGGAAGAAGUACUUGGAACGGUAAUCCUAAAAAACUGGACCGAGGACAGUUUUAUAGAAUUCCAACUUAAAUUAUUUCUCUAUUACUACAACACACAGAAAUUAAUAUUCAUUUUUGAUGGGUUCGAUGAAAUAUUCCCUGACUACGCCGAUCAAGCACUAGCACUAGUGAAAUCAGUUAGGGAUUUUACUAAAAGACAUAAGAUUUGGAUCACAAGUCGAUCUUAUAAUAAUAUUAAAUCUAUUUUGGAAACAGAAUUUGGACCUUCAUAUGGCAUUGACCAUUUCUCUUGGAUGGAACAAGACAGAUAUCUGUUUCUGUAUUGGCAAAACAAAUUGCAACUAUCAAAACUAAGUAGUGAACAACUACAAAACAUAAACGACUUCAUUCAGUUUAUUACAAAAAAAUCAAACGGUGUCCCAGUCUUUAACAAUAUUCGACACACGCCGUAUUUUAAAGUUUAUACAAAUUUUCUGUUUUUUUAA